UCCACACUCAACCAAAGUUGUCAGCAAGGGUUCUCGAACCGUCGCUUCGCACUCUACCUAGCUCAUCAGUCAUCAUCAGUCAAACUCAAUUCAAGCUUUCAUCUCUACCGGCGAUCGUCAGGAAACUCAGAUAUCGCAUCGCGAGAUGUCGGGCCAUCAUCAUCAUGAUCACGGCCACGGCGGGCAUUGCCAUGACGAAGACGGUCACGACCACUCCAAUGAUAUAACCCCGGCCAUCCAAUCGCUUCUAUACACGCAAGUUCAAUUCGACUCUAUUACAACUCUCAACGAGGCUACUCCCAAGUCCGGCGCGGCGAUCGUCAAAAAAACAUGGGCGGAGAGGCUGAACGACGAGCCGGAGCUGGAGAGUGAUGCUGACGAGCAGCUCCUGAUGUACAUUCCCUUCACCGGUCAAGUCAAGGUUCACUCGCUCCUUAUCUACACCGCGCCAACUUCCUCCGCUCCCAAGACGUUGAAACUAUUCAAGAACCGCGACGAUUUAGACUUCUCUACCGCGUCCGAAUUGUCGCCCACCCAGAAGCUCGAGAUCCCCCAGCCGGUUGCCGGAGCGGACGUCUUCGAGAUACCCUUAAACCGCGCGCAUUGGAACACCACAACCUCCAUCACCCUGUUCUUUGAAGAUAACUGGAGUGAGGGCGAGGAAGACGUGACCAAGGUGGGCUAUAUCGGAUUCAAGGGAACGUUUAUGGCGCUGAACCGCGAGCCCGUCAACUUCCUCUACGAGGCAGCAGCCAACCCGAAUGAUCAUGUGGCUAUCCAGGGUGUCAACGGUGUGGGCAGUAGAAUCCAGUGAGGCAUAGGGAGACUGCUUUCUUUAUUUGCAUCGUUGUGGUACAAAUGACUCGACUUGAACCUUUAACGCAGAUGCCCUUGUCGUUCUAGUCCGCCUGUGUGUUGGGUGGUGUAGGCUGACCGUGGAAUAUGCUGUUUCUGGUGAUAGAGCUGGACUUUAUCCACGUACCGAGUGCCAGUCGGAGUUCAGCUAUGUAUGUAUGUUGUAACAUUGACCAUGUUGAGCUAUCUAACGAUAUGAUGAAAU